AUGCACACUAUAAGCUUGCCGUUCGUGCUGUUGUCUUUAGCAUUGCUGCUCGCAGCCUCUUCAACAUCACAAGCGGCAAGCUUGGGUAGAAGAGGAAACGUCGGUAAAAAUAGGUUGGACCUAACCCUCCGUCUAGGUCCAUCUCCUGGCCGCUCUCAGCCAGCACAGCCCUCUACGCCAUUUCACGACGCCGAACAAUCCAGCGCAGAGAGCAGCAGCUUCGUACACACUCUUUCGCAAUAUCCACCCUCGCCAGCUAUUCAUCCCAUCGAUCAAGUAUAUCUCAACCCUCAACCACACCCGCCUGAAGCUGAACGAGUAUUAUUUGGAUAUCCGAUCAACAGCGAACGAAGUUGGGUAGACGAUCAACCUUGGCAGAUGAACACCUUUGAACAGGCCUUUAAGAUGCCGCCUGGAUUCGUGCAGAUCGAGAAGGGAAAACAGAUCGGAGAGGGUUCGAGCUCGCAUCCCCAAGCUGAACCCGAACAAAUUCAAUGGGAUGCUCAAGCUUCCUUUGCUGACCAGCAAGAACCGCAGAAAUUUUUUCGCCAGCUUCGACCCAAACCACCUACUCGACCAACCCUUCACCUCUACCCACCCGAAUGGACCACUCCACCCGCCGACGAGGGCCAAUCCUCGCGUCGGCCUCGUUCACUUUCUCAAAUGAGUAUGUUUGGCAAAGAAGGGAAAGCUACCACUGAGGCAGGCUACAAAGUAGGAGAUGAUGUAAGAACUGGCGCUUACCUGCAAAUGUACAACGGACAUGGUCCGUUUUUGGAUGAUUCAGGAGUAGCUCAGUUAACAAGCGAUUCGAGUAGUAAGAAGGUGGAGCUUCGAAAUCAGGGAAGUGAACAAGCCAGGAGAUGGGAGCAAAGCCUGAACAGUGACAUCAAGCGCGUAAAGAGUCCUCCUCCUCCCACAUCUGGGGAAGAGACUGCUUUCGAUCCCAUCCAAUUCAAAACGCUUUUCGAGCAGUACAAAGUUCAACAUCUGGGCCAACCAUUCCCAGCUGUAAUCAGGCAAGCUACGUUCUUCGCACAGCCUGCGAGAGAUCUCCAGGAUCGAAUUGAUGCUCUAGUUCAGAUCAAAGAGUGA